UUUAAAAUUUCAAAAUAAAAAAAAAGUUUUAGAAUGAUUUGCGAAGAAAAAAGCAAAUUCUACGGUUGUUAUUUGUUGUAUUCUCUUAAUCCGAAGUAUAAAGGAAGGACAUAUAUUGGGUUUACUGUUGAUCCAAACAGAAGAAUAAAACAACAUAAUGGUGGUGUUGAAAAGGGGGGUGCUAACAAGACCAGCAAAAAAGGACCAUGGUACUGCAGUUUAUAUAAGCGGUUGGACAUAUAACCAUGGUAACAUGAUUAUAUGUAGAAUUACAUCACAGAAUAGACACUUAAAAGACUCAGCCAAAAAAGUGUAACCGCUGUCACGCCAUGAUUCACAAUGAUUUGUCAUUAACCCUUUAAGUGGCACUUGGCCCUACUUUAUUAUCUUAUUCUGUCUAACACCAGACGAUUUUACAGGGGGAGAGUGCUGCCACUCAGUGGGUUAAUCCAGUGUGGAAAGUUUGUAUCGCGCGACGGAUAUCUCCAGCGCGCAAUUUUGAUGCUUUCUAUAUAUUUACUAUUAAAUUUUCGAAAUCUCCGGCGCGCAAUUUCCAAACUUUCCAGUCUGGGGGUUAAUCAGACUAUCUGCCCAUGCACCCUGUUAACCCUUUAAGUGGCAUUGCACCCAGAUGCGAUCUACCAUAUUAUUUUACUCUGUCUAAUGCCAGACAAUUUUACUUGUCAGGGGAGUGCUGCCACUCAUUGGGUUAAAAUGCACUCAUCACAUAUGUUUCUAGCCAGUGCUUACAAGAGGCAUUCACCCCCUGUCCACUAUAUUAAAUAUUUUCAGGGGGGUGAAUGCCUCUCAUAAGCAGACUGGCUAGCAACAGGCGGCAUUACAACAUUUAUGGCAAAAUCAUCAUAUAAUAUAGGCCAACAAUAAGUGUUUAUUCUGUGAUCACAUUGUCAGUACAUGGAAUGCAGUCUGGAAAGGAACACAAGCAUCCAUAUUAGAGAGGUCAGAGGUGUUCUCCAUAGGGAUAGGUGAAUUAGGUUCAACAGUAAUAUGAUUUUUGUUUUAAAAUUAGGGAGAUGAUAUUGACUGUUCAUGGAUUUCCAAAUGAAAUUUCUGCUUUAAGAGUAAGAUAAUAAAUUAUUUCCCUACAUUAAAAAUUAAAAUAUUAAACCUUAUAAACACAUGGGUUUCCAGAAAUAUGUCGAUAUUCUGACACUUUUUGUCAUUUUAGUUUGAAUGGGCGUGGCAGCAUCCGCUCGUAAGCCGCAGACUGAAACGUAUCGUAGCCAGGAAAAAAUCGUCAGAAAAGAGUGUCGAGUUUUGCUUCCGAGUUUUGACAGAGAUGCUCCGUGUAGGGCCCUGGAACCGACUCCCGCUCACUAUUCGCUGGUUGAAGGAAGAAUACAAAAUGGACUUUGAUCCCUUGAAGCAACCGCCCAUUCAUAUGCCCAUUGUGUAUGGACCAAUCCCAAGCUGGAAGAAACCCAAGACUAGCGAAAAAGGGAAUACAUCGGAAGAUGAGCUCAUACCUGUGUGUAAAAUAUGUCAAAAUUUAAUUAUCGUAAGUGUUCAAAUCAUGGAUCCAAAAUUAAAUGGUGGGAUGCAUGUCAUCAGAGCCAGGCCAGCUCAGAUGAAUCGGGUCACAAAAAUUUGUGCCGUUACCUGGAAUCAAAUUAAGCCAACCGGGUCAGUCUUGAAUCGGGUCACAAAAAUUUGUGCCGUUACCUGGAAUCAAAUUAAGCCAACCGGGUCAGUCUGUAAUGUACGCAUAGGUACCUAUUUUUCAGAUUCAAGAAUAAUGUACGCAUAUGUACCUAUUUUUCAGAUUCAAGAUCAUACUCUGCGAUGCCUGAGCGUACUCUGCGAUGCCUGCAAGCGGACUGUGAUGUACGCAUAUGUACCUAUUUUUCAGAUUCAAGAUCAUACUCUGCGAUGCCUGCAAGCGGACUGUGAAAUGACUGCACACAUUUUCUGCUUGGCAAAAACAUUCCUAUCGACUACCAAACAAGAUGCGGACUACUGCAUACCUCUGGAAGGUGACUGCCCAACUUGUGGACAAAAUUUACUGUGGGGCGAACUGAUACGGCAUCAGCAUCAGUUGCAGGAUUUAAAACAAACCAAAAACCCUAUUCAGUAGAUUUCAUUCAUCUUAUGGAGUAUUAACGCAUUUUGUACCAUUCACCAUAUUUAUAAUUCAGUCAAUGGACCACUCCCCAAUUAACCAAAAUUUUGAUCUCAACAAGUCUAGACAAAAUUCCAUCAGCAUGAAAGAGCAUCACAAAAUUAGUAAUAUUCCAAAGUUUCAUCGAUCGUUGCGAAAUGUUGUAAAAUGCGGAUAAUAUAGCCUUGCGAAAUUUGCAAUUUUCAGUCAUUUUAGAUUACAAACGGGAAAUGGUUACCACUUUUCCAAAAUUUUGAUCUUAACUAGCCUAAAC